AUGCUGUGGAAGGCAUUUCGCCGAUUUGGUCAAAAGCUGGUACGCAGACGUACACUGGAGCCAGGCAUGGCUCAGACUCGCCUUGCCAGGUGCCUGAGCACUCUGGAUUUAGUAGCCCUGGGUGUGGGCAGCACAUUGGGUGCAGGCGUGUAUGUCCUGGCUGGCGAGGUGGCCAAAGAUAAAGCAGGACCAUCCAUUGUGAUCUGCUUUUUGGUGGCUGCUCUGUCUUCUGUGUUGGCUGGGCUGUGCUAUGCGGAGUUUGGUGCCCGGGUUCCCCGUUCUGGUUCUGCAUAUCUCUACAGCUAUGUCACUGUGGGUGAACUCUGGGCCUUCACUACUGGCUGGAACCUCAUCCUCUCCUAUGUCAUAGGUACGGCCAGUGUGGCCCGGGCUUGGAGGUCUGCUUUUGACAACCUGUUUGGGAACCACAUCUCUCAGACUCUGCAAGGGACCAUAUCACUGCAUGUGCCCCAUGUCCUUGCAGAAUAUCCAGAUUUCUUUGCUAUGGGCCUUGUGUUGCUGCUCACUGGAUUGCUGGCUCUGGGGGCUAGUGAGUCGGCCCUGGUCACCAAAGUGUUCACAGGGGUGAACCUCUUGGUUCUCUGUUUUGUCAUCAUCUCUGGCUUCAUUAAGGGGGACCUGCACAACUGGAAGCUCACACAAGAGGACUAUGACUUUGCCAUGGCUGGACUCAAUGACACCUAUAGCUUGGGCCCUCUGGGCUCUGGAGGAUUUGUGCCUUUCGGUUUCAAGGGGAUUCUCCGUGGAGCAGCCACCUGUUUCUAUGCAUUUGUUGGUUUCGACUGUAUUGCAACCACUGGGGAAGAGGCCCAGAAUCCCCAGCGUUCCAUCCCUAUAGGCAUUGUGAUCUCACUGUUCAUCUGCUUUUUGGCGUAUUUUGGUGUCUCUUCCGCACUCACCCUCAUGAUGCCUUACUACCAGCUUCGGCCUGAGAGCCCUUUGCCUGAGGCAUUUCUUUAUGUUGGAUGGGCCCCUGCACACUAUGUUGUGGCUGUUGGCUCCCUCUGUGCUCUAUCUACCAGCCUCUUGGGCUCUAUGUUCCCCAUGCCUCGGGUGAUCUACGCAAUGGCAGAGGAUGGCCUCCUGUUUCGUGUCCUUGCCCGGAUCCACACUGGCACACACACACCCAUCAUGGCCACUGUGGUUGCUGGCAUUAUCGCAGCAUUCAUGGCAUUCCUCUUUGAACUCACUGAUCUUGUGGACCUCAUGUCAAUUGGGACCCUGCUUGCGUACUCCCUGGUGUCUACUUGUGUUCUCAUCCUCAGGUAUCAGCCUGACCAGGAGGUGAACACUGGGGAAGAUGAAGUGGAGGUGCAGGAGGAGAAGAUACCUAAAGCAGAGAGGCUGACUCUACAGGGACUAUUUUGGCCACUCCACUCCAUUCCCACUCCACUCUCUGGCCAAGUUGUCUAUGUUUGUUCCUCACUGCUUGCUCUACUGCUGACUGUCCUUUGCUUGGUGCUGACCCACUGGUCAAUUCCACUGCUUUCUGGAGACCCAGUGUGGAUUGCAGUGGUUGUGUUGCUCCUGAUGCUCAUUACUGGAAUCAUUGGGGUCAUCUGGAGACAGCCACAGAACUCUGCUCCCCUUCACUUUAAGGUGCCUGCUUUGCCUCUCCUCCCAAUAAUGAGCAUCUUUGUGAAUGUUUACCUUAUGAUGCAGAUGACAGCUGGUACCUGGGCCCGAUUUGGGGUCUGGAUGCUGAUUGGGUUUGUCAUCUACUUCAGCUAUGGGAUCCAGCACAGCCUGGAAGAGGUUAAGAGUGACCAACCCCCAUCCAGGUUUAGGGCCAAAACUGUAGACCUUGAUCUCAGCAGUCCUUGUACCCAUUCAAUUUGA